UAGAUAUCAUUUAUAGGUGUCAGUCAGGUUACAGAAAAGAUGGAAAAAAGGACGUGUGCCCUCUGCCCUGAAGACCAUGACUGGAGUGUGAUAUACUUUGCACCAUCAGCAAAUAUAGCUGCUCAUGAAAAUUGUUUGCUGUAUUCAUUAGGACUGGUGGAAUGUGAGGAUCAUGAUCAGAGUAAUACAGGUAGAAACUUUGAUGUGGAAUCAGUAAAGAAAGAGAUCAGGAGAGGAAAAAGAUUGAAAUGCUCACUUUGUAAAAACAGAGGAGCCACCGUGGGAUGUGAUGAAGCAUCCUGUGCCAAGAAAUACCACUUACUCUGUGGCAAGGAGGACAAGGCAGUUCUGCAAGUUGAUGGAGCUCACGGAACCUACAAGUUAUUUUGUGAACAGCAUGCUCCAGAACAAGAAGAGCCCGCUCCAAGUAAUGCAACGUUCAAAGUUCCUUUUCUAAAGAAAUGCAAGGAAGCAGGACUUCUUAACGAAUUAUUUGAAGGGAUACUAGAAAACAUGGAUUCAAUUCUUUCACGACUCAUUGAUGAGAGAGCUUCAGAAUCAGAGUAUGACGAGAUUGAGGCAUUGCUGUUUAACAGUGGAUUGUUUGAAGACACAUUAAUGAAAUUCCAAGAAGGUAUCAUCGUGGCCUCAAAGAACUAA